GGGCCAAACAGAACAUCUUCAUCGGCAGGCCCAGGAAGAAUGUAAUGUCAUAAUAGCCAGUGGAAACUGAGAACCCAAGCUUCUUCAUGUCUCUACAGCCAUGGAUUGAAAAGUAACCUAACCGUUUACAUGGAUUCAAUGUUGAGGUUUCGAAACCCACCAGAGCUUCCUCUUUCCUCACCUAUGGCAAGUGCGCAUUACUCUGUCUUCUCCCUACUCUCCCCUCAUACUAAUAGACGAACCCCUUCUCGUAUUCUAGCUUCUUCAAAAACCCGCCCCCGGAAAAACUAUUUGCGACCCAAAAUUCUGAAAACCCUAACUAAACCCUACCCUUCCAUCCUUCCUCUUCCACCGCCACCACAACCCAUCCUCUGCCCUCAAGAAGACAACCUCUCUGUUGAAAUUCCCCCCGACGAGACUCACGGCGGAGAUAUCGCCGGGGUUGUGGAAGAACCUGGUAAGUUGGAAGAGUUACAAGUAGCUGAUGCCACUGCCAAAGACAAUGGUGUUUUUUGCAACGUUUCUGCCGCAGAUAUCUUCAAAUACGAUGGUAUGUAUUUGGUUGGGGCUCUUUUGGUUCAGACGAUUUGUUCCGUUUGGAUUCUCAGAAAUUACAAUUCCAACCAGGAAGAUAGGGAUUUGGAAAUAGAUGGUAGGGAAAAGAGGAACCUUGUGUUGAACGGGAGUGAGAAAACUAUGCAAUUGCCGGUUACUGGUGCUAACAAUGUUUUUCUUGUGGAGGACCAAUUUGGAAUGGAGAAGAAAAUAGAGGAAAUUAAGUUAAUGGCAAGGGAAGUUCGGAGAAUUGAGUUGGAGAAGAAAGGGAAAGAGGACGAGGAUUCUGAAAUGGAAGAAGAUGAAAGCGCCCUUUCUAGUCAUAGACUUGAUAUUGAGAAAGAAAUUGGUGCACGCUUAUUAAAGAUGCAAAAUAGGAUAAAUUGUAAUAAUGAUAGUGCAGCUGCGUUACAGAUUAAUGCUCGUGGGAAUUCUGCAGCUGGAGUGGCUAGGGAUGUCAACAAGAAUGUGAACCAGGGAAAUGAGGCACUGGUAUUUAAGAAGAAGUUUAAAUUUAAAAGUCCUUCAACUAAGGCAACAAAAAUUCCCAAGGGCUUUCCGGGGACCCGAAAUUGGAGAGCAUCUAAUGCAAAAGGAGAGGAUUCAGCAGGUAAGAGUGCAGCUCAUGAUCAUGGAAGCAAUGCUACUGAUAGUGCAGAAAUAUUAUGUGAAGAUAAGCAAGUGAAUCAACAAGAUGUUGUGAUGCAUAAGAAUAUUUCUAGUGUUCCAUCCGGAGAAAAAGGAAAUUUUGUUGAUGACGAGGUCAAUGCAAUUCAAGAUCAUGAGAAGAAUUUGGAAGAAAAAAUGGAGAAACCAAAUAUGACAACGGAAGUUGGAGUUAAAACCAAAAGCACUAAUAAUGGUGCUGCCCAGGAGACUAAUUUUGGAAUGUCUUCAGUUGAAGUAAUACAGUCAAGUAAAUCAAGAGAAUUGAGGACACAAAACUCUCGGGGUACUUUUGUGGAAGAAAACCAGGACACUGGCUCAAUUUUUGAAAAGGGUGAUGUGCACAGUAUAAACGGCAGUUCAAGACAAGGAUUAGCUAAAAAAAAAUCAGUGGCUAACAGAGUCAAAGUUAAGCAAGCAAAUACUAAGACUGAUAUAUGGUGGCUGAAACUCCGUUAUGUUCUUGUCAUUCUCAUGCAAAGAGAUUCGGACGGAGGAUCAAAAGGUCUCUAUACCUUAAAGUUCACUUCUAAGGAACAGGACCAAAGUGAUGAUUCAUAUACUGUUGCUUUUGAAGAUCAUGCUGAUGCCAACAACUUCUGUUUUCUAUUGGAAUCGUUUUUCAAAGAUUUGGGUGAUUUUAGUGCUGAUGCAGUUCCUAUGUCAAUACAAGAACUGAAUGAAGUAGUAGUAUCACGUGCCAAGAAAGUGGUAGUUGUGAAAAAGCAGCAGCUUCAACUCUAUGCUGGGCAACCACUUACUGAUGUUGAGAUGGCCCUUUGCUCUAUAAUAGAACAAGAUCAAAAGGCGCCAUAAUUGAUCAGAUUGAGGUGACCGCUACUUUAUUGAUCCCCACACAAACAAUGUCCACAUGAAGUCUUGAAGAAACAGAAACUCCCACCACAGUUGGGGGUCUACGUCACAUCCAUCAAAGUCCAAGGUUGGGAGUUGAUGGAGCCAACUGCUGAGCACAGAGGUGAAAAAAUGCUUGAUACUGACUGAACCUUGGUGGUCUACCUUUGAGAAAAAUUUCCCUCUAAAAGGAAGUGCACGCUGGAUCCUCUAAUACUUAAUCAUAUUAAGUCCCAAUGGUUAUUGGGGGAGAAGGUGGUGAAGGGGGUUGGAAAGAAUAUGUAGGGGAAAUUCAUACUCUAUGUAAUGCAAAAUCUGAAAUUUGAAAAAUCAAUUCAAACGUCACGAAUAUUAAUUUUGAUCCACGAACGGCGCAAACUUUGAAGAAUAAUAAUGCGAGACAAAAUAUUUACAGUUUGGCAUGAAUUCAUGCAACCUAAACCCGUAUGUGAAACGAAGGCGUUUCCAAUUUCUUAUUUUUCAUAAUAAAAUUGUGGCAACGGUAUAAUUG